AAAAAGUUAUCAUGCAACCAAUAGUACUGUAAAAUUAUCAACCCAUUCCGUCCCUCUCUCUCUCUCUCUCUCUCAAGCAAUGGCUGCCUCAGUGACCUUUCAGGCCUCCCUCAUACAACCAAAACCCACUCUCUCUUCCAAAACCCUGCAAAACCCUCGUCCUACUUUCAUUUCUAUUCCUUCUACUACCAUCUCACAAGUGAGAUUUGGUGUCAAAUUGGGAAAUGGGUUCGCCGCAAAAGCUUCAAUGGCUGUCGCUGAAACAUAUUCGAAGCCUCCCGCUUCUGAAAAGAGGGUCAACAAUCCCAUCAUUGUCAUUGACAAUUAUGAUAGCUUUACCUACAAUCUUUGCCAGUAUAUGGGAGAGUCGGGAUGUCUCUUUGAAGUCUAUCGAAAUGAUGAACUAACUGUUGAUGAACUAAAACGGAAAAAUCCCAGAGGAGUGCUAAUCUCUCCAGGGCCAGGCGCGCCCCAAGAUUCUGGAAUAUCUUUGCAAACUGUAUUGGAGCUGGGGCCCAUUGUACCCUUAUUUGGUGUUUGCAUGGGUUUGCAGUGCAUUGGGGAGGCUUUUGGAGGGAAGAUUGUCCGUUCUCCUUUCGGUGUCAUGCAUGGGAAGAGCUCGCCCGUAUAUUAUAACGAGAAAGGGGAAGAUUUGUUUUCUGGAUUAUCGAACCCUUUUACUGCUGGCAGAUAUCACAGUCUUGUAAUUGAUAAGGACAGUUUUCCUAGUGAAGAACUUGAGGUUACAGCAUGGACAGAGGAUGGACUGAUAAUGGCUGCUCGUCACAAGAAAUAUAGGCAUCUUCAAGGGGUUCAGUUCCAUCCUGAAAGUAUCAUAACUUCUGAAGGCAAGACAAUUGUGCGUAACUUUAUCAAAUUGAUAGAGAAAAGAGAGUCUGAAUCAGAGAAUUGAAGGCUUGGUCGAUCUGCAGAUUCUCCACAAUGUAAUGUGACGUGGCAAUAUAUAUAAAUGUCCUUCUCGUCAUAUUCUAUGGGUUCAAGUUUGUUAUUUUUCUUUCUUUGCCAGCUUCAUGAGUUGAAGAUGGACUUUGGAUCUAGCUCAUACAUCUUGGUGGGCUAGAGAGUUUGCUUGUAUUGUAUCCAUUCAUUUAAGAACCCCUCGCAUAGGCAAAAGCUGAAUGGUCCAUGUCCAAAGUUGUCUUUAUACGCUUAAGAAACCAGCCCUAGUAUUCAUUGUGGAAACAUUAUAAUAUAAUCUGCAACUCAUCUUUUAAAGGAUCU